AUGGCCCAGCAACAGCAACAGCAGCAGCAACAACAACUUCAGUCUUUCCAAGACUUAAACUCCAGAAUCUCGCUCAUGGAUUCGUCAAAUCUACCAGUAAGACAGAUCCAGGGCCCCUCCAAACCUAAUAGCCUUUUGACUCCAUCUAAGCCCAACUCUGCGAGCGUUUUUGCCAGCCAUGUCCACCACAAUCAUCACCAUUUAGUCCACACUACCAAGAUUGUCACGACCCCUACGUCGUCAUAUAAGCAACCGUUCAAGCUGCCCAUUCUGGAGCAGAUAAAUAGUGGCGGUCUAGCAAUGUCGGCUGGAAGAAGCCAUUGUGCCAUUGACAAGGAAAACAAACCUUUUGCGAUGCUUAACCAAUCUAUUUACUCUGGACGAAGCAGCUUUUUAAACAAUGGUCUCAAGCCAGUAAUGCCCGUUACCACACAAAUAUGCGAAACUACAACUAACCAAGUGUCAUGCAAUGUCGAUGAUGCGACACUUGGCCAAUAUUCUCUUUCUUUAUCAACGACAACAACCUGUGAUAAUACUGAAGACGAAAACUCAGGCUACGGAAGCCAUGCCCUAACCAAUGCUGCAGCCAUGAUUAACGCCAAGCUCGAACAGCUCCAAGACAAGGAAAAUAUUCCACCACCUGGGUCUCCUGAGCUUGUGCGAUAUCGUCCAGCUCAUCAGUUUGCAUUCAGGUCUGUUGUUGCCAAUGCAUCAGGGAUUGAUCCAGAGCUUGUUCAAGGUCUGAGCCGUGCGUUCCCUGUCAAUAAGUACAAGAGACAACCGCUGAGCGUCAUUUCUGUUGCACACUACGAAACAAGCACUCCUAAAAGACGACGGACACUUGGGUUUAACAAUUACCAGACCCCAAAUUACCAUAAAAGAAAGUUUUCUAUGGACUCGGAUAUGGAUAUGGAUAUGGAUCUAGAUAUGGAGGAUGAAGAUAACAACAAUGAAAAAGAGGAAGAGGAAGAGGAGGAAGAAGAAGAAGAAAACAACAACGGCAAAUAUAUCUAUAUGACUUCCCAACUUGCACCAGAACCUGGUGAGGAAGACGAAGAAGACUUUGACAAUUUGCCUGAUUUAGAUCAACUACCAAACGAUGACGAGCAACAUUCAUCCCCUCGGUUUCCUACAACUGGAGAGGUCACUCAAUCUCCUCGGGUGGUUUUUAACCCACUGAAUAGUUCAUUCACUACAGAAGAAGAGUUUAUUCCAGUGUCGCCAUCUUCUCUUGCUAUUCAAGCUGCUCGGUCCCCCCGCAUUUUAAAUCGUCCAGAUAUAUCCAUGUCUUCUCCAAGUGCGGGGUCACGGGUUCGAUCUGUUCCACAGCUUCAACUUGCACCAUUAAAAUCAAAACUACAGCAGCAGCAUCAACAGCAUCAACAGCAUCAACAGCAUCAACAGCAACAACAGCAACAACAGCAACAACCACAACAGUUAUUUCAACAACAGGAACAAUUGCAACUUCAACAAAGACAGCAGAUACAAUUGCAGAGACGUCUUUCGACUCUGCAUCCACAACCACGAAGCCGGGUUUCGUCGGUUGGAAUUUCUGCACCUGUAUCCAGAAAUAGUGGGUUUGCCCAACACUUGUCUGCAGCGCGAGCCGUAACCAGUGCGCCGGCGCCUGGAAGCGGAGUGCAAAAGCAGCAAGAGGGAUCUUCAUCUUCGAUCCAUGGGUCUCGACUAACAGCCACGGGGGCUUAUGGCUUGAGACACAAGAACCAACAGAAAAAGAAGAUGGUGUUUAUGAGAUGA